AUGGAUUCUCCUCCUCCUCCGCCUUCCGAAUCAUCUUCAUCGCCGCCGAGUUCUGCCGCGCCACUGGUUUCAACGGCGGAGCAGAAGCGAGAAGAAAGGGAAAAGGAGAUGGUGCACAAGACUAAAGUGAUACAGUUCUUGGGACGGACAACGCCAAUUGUUCUACAAAAUGAUAAUGGGCCAUGUCCUCUCCUUGCUAUCUGUAAUAUUCUUUUGUUAAAGAACAGCUUGAAUUUGAGUCCAGACGUUGCAGAGGUUUCUCAGGAAAAAUUGCUUUCGCUUAUUGCUGAGAGGUUAAUUGAUUCAAACAGCAGCAUCAAUGAAAAAGAUGCUGGAUAUGCUGAAAAUCAGCAACAGAAUAUCUCCGAUGCAAUUGAUUUGCUUCCUAGACUUACUACUGGCAUUGAUGUAAAUAUAAAAUUUAGAAGAAUUGAUGAUUUUGAGUUCACGCGGGAGUGUGCAAUAUUUGAUCUAUUGGACAUUCCACUUUAUCAUGGAUGGAUAGUUGAUCCACAGGAUUAUGAAACUGCGGAUGUGAUUGGGUCAAAAUCAUAUAAUACUCUCAUGGGGGAGCUUGUUUCCCUGGAAACUCAAACUAUGAAGAGUGAAUAUAAACAGAAUCUUGUAGAUGAUUCUGUUGAUUUUGUUGCUGCAACAACUGCAGCUUUGGGAGUACCAUCGCCGUCUCUUUCAAGAGGUCGAUCCUUUGAUGAUCCUGCCUGUUCAGACUCCCCUCACUCUAGAGCAAGAAAAGGGGAUGUUGAAGAAGAAGUUGAGCUUUUGAAAGCCUUGAAAUUAUCAGAGGCUGAAAAGCCUAAUUCCUCAGCUGACAAUGUGCUUAAUGAUGGAUUGGACUCGAUGGUGAGUUUAACCGAAAGUGCAAGCAUUAAAAAGCCCGAAUUGGUUGUUUGUCAAGAAACAGCGGAAGAGAAGGUUGUUGAUCAAACUGCAAAUACUUUUGAGCAUAGGACGUUGAAAUGUGUUGAUAGCAAUGCUUUGAGUUAUCAGAACAAUGAUGCAAAAUUGACUGAAGCAGUUACAGGGGAAGCUACUCUAAUGCAGAGCAACUGUGCCGUACCAACCUCUGAAGAAUCCAAAGAAAAUUGUAAAAAUGUGGUUGAAAAAACUGGUUCUGAUGUGCAGGUUGAGAACGAACAUGUUCAACCUGUGUUUUCCGAGCAAGAACCUGCAUUUGCUAUUGAUAGUGUUGUAUAUAAACCCAUGAGGGAUGAACAUGUUCAGAAUGAAGUUACUUCCACAUCUGAUUCAGACGUGUCAAGAAAUCAUCAUGAUAGUUGUGAGACAAGAGAUUCUUCUGAUUUGUUAACUCUGCCUGCGGAUUUGAAUCCAUCAAGCGGUAAAAUUCCUAAGGCUGAUGAUCCUGACACCUUCAGUUCGAGUGUUGGCAGUGAACCCAUAUAUGAAGGAGAGGAGUGCAUAUUGGAGUCAGGAACUACAGUUUAUGAAAAUCGGGAGCCUGUCUAUGAAGGUGAAGUAAUUCUUGCAGGACAAGUGGAUAAAAGCAGCAUUAAUGAUGGUGACCAGACUCGCAAGGAUAUAAUGACUCGAAAACAAGGGGAAUUGAUAAGAAACUUCCUGAGGAACAGUGCUAGUCAGUUGACCAUAUAUGGCUUAUUUUGCUUACAGGAUAAAGUGAAAGAACGCGAGCUGUGUGUUUUUUUCAGAAAUAAUCAUUUCAAUACUAUGUUUAAGUAUGAAGAUGAAUUAUAUAUCCUAGCUACUGAUCAAGGAUAUAUAAAUCAGCCUGAUCUGGUCUGGGAAAAGCUGAAUGAGGUGAAUGGGGACACGUUGUAUAUGACGGGAAACUUUAAGGAAUUCAAAGUGGAAGAUCAUUCCAACAGCACAUGGCAUGAACAGAAUGCUAUUGAUAGUACUGCGGACUAUUUGGCUAGCAUUGAUGGUGGUUCUCAAGAGAAUUUGACUUUCAAUUCUGAUUUGCAGUUAGCAAUAGCUCUUCAACAACAGGAAUUUGAGCAACAGCAACCACAACGUAGUUUGCAGCAACAGCUUCCGCAGCGUAAUUCGCAGCAACCGGCCAUCAGUGCUGCUUCAAAGCUGAUUACUGGUCCCCCGGUUCCAAGUAGCAGCAAAUAUACAUCUUCGUCUUCAAAACAGGACACUAAACCAUCGAAAGACAAGUGUAAUGUGAUGUGA